AAGCAAACCUCAUCCUCUGUUCCUUCUCGGUGAGAGCAAAUCGCUUUGGAGCCAAACAAGCCUGCUAAAGGUCAUUCAGCAUAAAGUUGGAGUUCAGGUCCUCUAUCCGCAUAUUGGAUGGCCAUUAUACCAUGUGGAAGCACAUUUGUUGCCCAGUGGAGUAUUCGUCCUCAAUUUGCAAUACGUCCUUAUGUCCCAAAUCGAAUGGUGACAGCUAGAUUGGGAGUCACAAAUACAAUGAGUUAUUUGGGAUCAUCAAAUUCUGGCUUGUUUUCACGUGAUUCCUUACCGUUUUUAUCAUUUAUGAGGUCAUCUCAAACAUCACAUCAUCGUAGGGGAGCACGCUUCAUUGUUAGAGCUGAAACUGAUUAUUAUACUGUCCUUGGGGUGUCGAGAAAUGCAAGUAAAUCUGAAAUCAAAAGUGCUUAUCGUAAGCUUGCUCGAAGUUACCAUCCGGAUGUGAACAAAGAUCCAGGGUCAGAGACAAAGUUCAAGGAAAUUAGCAAUGCAUACGAGGUAUUGUCGGAUGAUGAGAAACGAUCUCUAUACGACAAAUAUGGGGAGGCUGGACUUAAAGGUGGUGGUAUGGGAAUGGGGGAUUUCAGCAAUCCCUUUGAUCUGUUUGAGUCGCUAUUUGAAGGCAUGGGUGGUAUGGGUGGCAUGGGCAUGGGCGGACAAAGUUCCAGGAGUAGAGCUGUUGAUGGGCAGGAUGAAUAUUACAGUCUAUUAUUGAAUUUUAAGGAAGCAGUGUUUGGAGUUGAGAAAGAAAUCGACAUAAACCGAUUAGAAAGCUGUGGAACUUGCAAUGGUUCUGGUGCAAAACCUGGAACAACACCGUCCAAAUGUACCACAUGUGGUGGGCAAGGCCAGGUUAUCUCAUCUGCAAGGACUCCACUGGGGGUCUUCCAGCAGGUAAUGACAUGCUCUUCAUGUGGCGGGGCAGGGGAAAUUUCUACCCCAUGCAAUACAUGUUCUGGUGAUGGGCGGGUAAGGAGAACGAAGAGGAUUAGUUUGAAAGUGCCGGCUGGUGUGGACUCUGGUAGCCGUUUAAGGGUCCGGUCUGAAGGAAAUGCUGGAAGGAAAGGUGGGUACCCUGGUGAUCUAUUUGUAGUCAUUGAAGUCAUCCCAGACCCUGUCCUAAAACGUGAUGAUACCAACAUAUUGUACACCUGCAAGGUCUCAUAUAUAGAUGCUAUACUGGGAACAACAAUCAAGGUUCCAACUGUGGAUGGUAUGGUUGAUUUGAAGAUACCAGCCGGAACACAGCCAAACACCACCCUUGUAAUGGCCAAGAAAGGUGUUCCUGUUCUAAAUAAAACCAACAUGAGGGGUGAUCAGUUGGUCCGCGUCCAAGUUGAAAUUCCGAAAAGACUGAGCAGUGAAGAGAAGAGGCUUAUUGAGGAGCUUGCCGACUUAAGCAAGGAUAAGACAGCAAGCAAUAGGAGAGAGAUCGAGUCUUUUAGGUGAAUAAACCGAUAUUAGGUGCUAUCUGCCCCGGAAAUCGUAUUCGCUGUUCGGUGUUUGCAGCUUCCGAAGUUGGAACUACCAGUACAUGCGAAAACACAUUUCGAUGUUCUGAAAAUGCAUGAAGUAGGAAAGCUGAAAGCUUCUAAUAUCUGGAGUGAUAGGUAAGGUAAGAUUAUGCUGUGAUAGUUUUGUCCCAUAUAAAUGAAUCUCGAUGUAAACAGCGAGGUGUAAGAAGAGAUAAAUUCCUCUGUGAUUACAGUCUUUUAUUAGCCAUUCUUUGAGAUUGAA